GCACACUCAGCUGAAAAGCAGGCUCUGGUGCAGUAGCUCAAAGGGAAGUAGCCGCUCAGGCAGAAACAGCGUUCUGCUCCGGCCGGGAACGCUUUCUGUGUUCAUCUAUUGGUGGAGAAGGUUCUAUCCGGAUCAGAAGCAUAGGAUCUGGGAAAAACAAGAUACGUUACACUUUGAAAGGGACUUUUGAAGGAUCUGGAGGGGUCUCGGUGCUCAUGAAGUGGGCAGGAUGAGAGAAUUUCAGGGGCUGCUUUCUGAAAGGGAUCAUGCCCCCUAGAUAGCAGACUCAGCGUUUUUCGCCUUUCUGGCCCCCGGCCCCGGCCUCGGCCCCUCCAGCCUGGAGAGGAUGCCUCCCCGGAAGCGCACGCGGCCCGCCCUGGGCUUCCUGUGCUGCUUCGGCAGCAGCGAGCCCCCUGAGAUUAACCUGAAGGACAGCGUCCCCCUGCAGCUGCUGGAGUUCAGCGCCCCCAUGCCCCCGGAGGAGGAACUGCAUGCCCGCUUCUCUGAACUGGUGGAUGAACUGGACCUCACUGAUAAGAACAGGGAGGCCAUGUUUGCCCUGCCGGCUGAGAAGAAAUGGCAGAUCUACUGCAGCAAGAAGAAGGAACAAGAGGAUCCCAACAAGCUCGCCACCAGCUGGCCUGACUACUACAUAGACCGUAUCAACUCCAUGGCUGCUAUGCAGGCACUUUUCGCAUUUGACGAGGAGGAGAUGGAGAUGAGGAAUAAAGUGGUGGAGGAUCUGAAGACGGCACUCCGCACUCAGCCAAUGAGGUUUGUGACACGCUUCAUCGAGCUGGAUGGUCUGACCUGUCUGCUGAACUUCUUGAAGAGCAUGGACUUCGAGACUUCAGAGAGCCGCAUCCACACCUCCAUCAUCGGCUGCAUCAAAGCACUGAUGAAUAACUCUCAGGGCCGGGCUCACGUCCUCGCCCACCCGCAGAGCAUCAACACCAUCUCUCAGAGCUUACGCCAGGACAACAUCAAGACCAAGGUGGCUGUGCUGGAGAUCCUGGGUGCGGUCUGUCUGGUUCCUGACGGCCAUAAGAAGGUGCUGCAGGCGAUGGCUCACUACCAGAAGUACGCUGCGGAAAGGACGCGCUUCCAGACUCUUCUGAACGAGCUGGACAGGAGCACAGGGCGCUACAGAGACGAGGUCAACCUGAAGACGGCCAUCAUGUCUUUCAUUAACGCUGUGCUGAACGCUGGAGCGGGAGAGGACAACCUAGAGUUUCGCCUCCAUUUAAGGUACGAGUUUCUAAUGUUGGGCAUCCAGCCAGUCAUCGACAAGCUCCGAGGUCACGAGAACGCAACCCUCGACAGACAUCUGGACUUCUUUGAGAUGGUGCGAAAUGAGGACGACAGUGAACUGGCCAAGCGCUUUGACAUGACGCACGUGGACACCAAGAGCGCCGGCCAGAUGUUUGAGCUGAUCAAGAAGAAGCUGAGCCACUCAGAUGCCUACCCUCACCUUCUGUCUAUUCUCCAGCACUGCCUUCAGAUGCCAUAUAAACGUGGUGCAGGUGGCAUCCAGCAGUGGCAGCUUCUAGAUCGAAUCCUCCAGCAGAUUGUUCUGCAGGAUGACAAAGGAGAAGACCCGGAUGUUUCUCCGUUGGACAACUUCAAUGUCAAGAACAUCAUUCGAAUGCUCGUCAAUGAGAACGAGGUGAAGCAGUGGCGAGACCAGGCUGAGAAGUUCAGAAAAGACCAUGCUGAGCUGAUGGCACGGCUGGAGAGGAAGGAGCGCGAGUGUGAGACCAAAACCCAAGAGAAAGAUGAAAUGAUGAAGACUCUGAACAAGAUGAAGGAUAAGCUGCAGAGGGAAGGAGUGGAGCUGCGCUCUGCCAGAGAGCAGGUUAUAGACCUGUCCUCUCGGAUCAACGACUAUUCGAAUGGAGGUGUCCCAUUCCCUCCACCACCUCCUCCACCUGGAGGCCCGAUGGCUCCUCCUCCUCCACCCAUGAUGGGUGGCUUUCCUCCGCCUCCUCCUCCACUCCCCUUCUCCAGCCCACCCCCGCCUCCACCCCCACCUCCUCCCGGCGGUCCACCUCCUCCACCCGGAGCGCCCCCACUCUUCACCGGAGCUCCGCCUCCUCCAGGGCCCGGCUCCUUCAGCAGCAGCACCACCAGCCUGCGCACCAAGAGCAUCCCACAGCCCUCGCAUCCGCUCAAGUCCUUCAACUGGGCCAAACUGGGCGAGAACAAGAUUACUGGUACCAUUUGGCACGACAUCGAUGACCUGAGGGCCUUCAAAGUUCUCGAUCUGAAAGAAAUCGAGAAGAUGUUCUCGGCUUAUCAGAGGCAACAAGAGCUGCUCACUAACCAAUCCUUCAAGCAGAAGGAGACCGGCUCCAUGGACGACUUGUACCUCACCUCACGGAAAGUGAAGGAGCUGUCAGUCAUCGAUGGGCGGCGGGCACAGAACUGUGUUAUCUUGCUCUCCAAGUUGAAAAUGAGCAAUGAGGAGAUCAAGCGAGCCAUUCUGGAGAUGGAUGAGAGGGAGGAACUGGCUAAAGAUAUGCUUGAGCAGCUGCUUAAAUUCGUUCCCGAGAAGAGUGACAUUGACCUUUUGGAGGAGCACAAGCAUGAGUUGGAGCGCAUGGCCCGAGCCGACCGCUUUCUCUUCGAGAUGAGCAGGAUUGACCACUACCAGCAAAGGCUUCAGUCUCUCUUCUUCAAGAAGAAGUUUGCAGAAAGACUGGCAGAGACCAAGCCAAAGGUUGAGGCCAUUCUCCAUGCAUCCCGUGAGCUGGUGAGGAGUAAGCGUCUGACUCAGAUUCUGGAGGUGGUCCUAGCCUUUGGGAACUUCAUGAACAAAGGCCAAAGAGGGAAUGCCUACGGCUUCAAAGUGUCCAGCCUGAAUAAGAUAGCUGACACCAAGUCGAGCAUAGACAGGAGCAUCACCAUGUUGCACUACCUGAUCAUGAUCUUUGAGAAGAACUAUCCUGACACCCUUAACAUACCGCAGGAUCUGCUCAGUGUCCCAGAUGCAGCCAAAGUCAAUCUGGCUGAACUGGAGAAGGAGGUCUACAGUAUAAAGAGUGGACUAAAGGGUCUGGAGGCUGAGCUGCAGUACCAGCAGGCCAGAGUACGAGACAGAGGGGACAAGUUUGUGCCUGUGGUCAGCGACUUCAUCACAGUGGCCAGUUUUAGUUUCUCUGAGUUGGAGGAUCUGCUGAACGAGGCAAAAGAAAAGUUUAUGAAGGCGCUGAAGCACUUUGGAGAGGAGCAGGGGCGAAUGCAGCCGGAUGAAUUCUUUGGGAUUUUUGACACCUUCCUGCAGUCAUUCAGUGAGGCUCGGCAGGACCUGGAGAACAUGCAGCGCCGUAAGGAGGAGGAAGAAAAGAGAGCACGUAUGGAGGCUAUGUUGAAGGAUCAAAGGGAGCGAGAAAGGAGGGCCAAGAAAAGUGCAGGAGGUGUGUCCGAGGAAGUGGGCGAGUUCGAUGACCUGGUGUCGGCCCUGCGCUCGGGAGAAGUGUUUGAUAAGGACCUCUCAAAGCUGAAACGCAACCGCAAGCGCUCAGUCAACCAGCUGGUGGAGAGCGGUGGGCGCGAAAGGCCAAUCACCAAGGUCAACUAUUGACCCCUGUGAAAGCUUGUUUCACAGACACUGUACCUGAAGGAAACUCCUAACUGCCGUACGCCUCCCUUGUCACCUACAUCUUCCAUCCUGUCCUAACCCAUAACGAUUUACAAGCUAAAGACGACAGACACUGUGGGACAGUCCUCUGUGUGCCGGAAAUUCCUAGAGCACUGUGCUCCAUACACUUUCUUUAAUCUCCUCUUAUUGCUUAUUCCUAAAGAAAUCCUACAUGGUCUUCCUCCUCCGCAUGUAUGAAGAUGAUGGUGGUGAAGAUGAUGAUGAUGAUGAUGACGAGUAUUCACUCCUCCAGAUCAACUCCAAAUGUAGCCUCAAACUGCCGAGUUCCCAAACCAACCACUGCAGUGUCCAGAUUUUAGUUUUAGCUUUCACGUUCACGAUUACCGCAAAAUUAUCACAAGAUGGUUACGAUUAGCCUGAGAAGAACCGCUAAUCUAGGUCCAAUAUGGUUGGCUGGUGCCAUAGCCUGUACUAGUAGCACUUGGAGAUUGGAAAUGGGUCAAUCUAGUUCAGGUUGCAAACAUGUUUGAGCAGAACAUGGGAGGACUCUCUGAAACACCUCUGGACACCUUUUUGCCCUGUGUUGAAAGACACUGCCAGCUGUGUUAGGUGCUGAUACCCUGUGUGCCUCUCUCUCCAGCUACAUUUCUCUGGUGCUUUGAUUAGAAGACCGUGUCCUC